AGCAAAGUUUCGAUUUUUAUUAAAUAUUACCAACCCCCAUCUGGAAAUCUGGCGCAGCGAAUUGGAAAAUCCAUCAGGAGGCCUGGUGCCACCUCAAAAGCCAGGGUUUAUACUGAUGUUAACGUUGUUCGACCUAAAGAGUAUUCUGAUUACGAAUCUCUUACCGUUCAAUGGGGAGAGCAAGAUGAUUAUGAAGUGGUAAAGAAGGUCGGAAGGGGGAAAUAUAGUGAGGUUUUUGAAGGUGUUCGUUGUGAUACUAAUGAACGUUGUGUUAUUAAGAUUCUUAAACCUGUUAAGAAGAAAAAGAUAAAGAGGGAAAUCAAGAUACUGCAGAAUCUAUGUGGUGGUCCAAAUAUUGUGAAAUUGUUGGAUAUUGUCAGAGAUCAGCAAUCGAAGACUCCUAGUCUAAUAUUUGAACAUGUCAACAAUACUGAUUUCAAAGCUCUUUAUCCAACACUGACAGAUUACGACAUCAGAUAUUACAUCUAUGAACUGCUCAAGGCACUAGACUAUUGUCACUCUCAAGGUAUUAUGCAUCGAGAUGUAAAGCCUCACAAUGUAAUGAUUGAUCACGAGCAAAGAAAACUUCGACUUAUUGAUUGGGGUCUUGCGGAGUUCUAUCAUCCUGGGACUGAAUACAAUGUUCGCGUUGCUUCAAGAUACUUCAAAGGUCCAGAGCUUCUUGUUGAUUUGCAAGACUAUGAUUACUCUUUGGAUUUGUGGAGCCUUGGCUGUAUGUUUGCUGGAAUGAUAUUUCGCAAAGAGCCAUUUUUCUAUGGACACGAUAAUUAUGAUCAACUAGUCAAAAUUGCCAAGGUACUUGGAACGGAUGAAUUGCACUCGUACCUGAAGAAAUAUCGUUUGGAGUUGGACCCACACCUAGAGGCCCUCGUCGGGAGGCACAGUAGGAAACCAUUGACAAAGUUCAUUAAUGCUGAUAACCAACAUUUGGCAGUUCCUGAGGCUGUCGACUUUCUUGACAAGUUACUGCAGUAUGAUCAUCAGGAGAGGCCAACUGCGAAAGAAGCUAUGGCUCAUCCCUACUUCUAUCCAGUAAGAAACGCAGAAAGCAGCAGAAACCGAACUUAACCAUACCUGGCCUGCUCAAAGACGGGGUAUCCAGCAAGAAACACGGAAUGCAGCAGAACUGCAGAAACCAAACUUAACUGGAUCCAGCGUGCUCAAAGCUAGGGACGGGCCUAUGAAGGGGCCAGGCCAAUUGAGUCUGUGGCCCGUCCCUUGAUUUAACUCGGUUCAUUUUUAGUAGAGGAGAACUGUACUAAAUUAAAUUUUAUUCCAAUUUUACUUGUUAUUAGCCCAUGUAAUAUGCAACAGCAACUUAUUUUCAGUUCAUUUGUUUUCCAUUCAACAAUCAAAUUAAGUUUGAUUUUAGCCCAUUCAUAGGGUAAACCAAGUA